UUGGAGAAACCGGCCAAAGGUGAGUCCCCAAAUGCAAAUCCAAAAUCACAAUGCACUACAAAAGAUAAACAACCUGUGGAUUCUGAAUGACUUAUCUUCCCUUCCCAUAACCCAUUUUUUUGUCCGCUUUACCCGAUUUCUGACCAAUUUCUUGGAAAUUCUCUUUGACUAUUAAUAUAUAUUGGUAUUAUUUUAUUAUCUUUCACCCCUUGCUUAUCUCUGCUCAUCACACUUCGAAUAUGCUGUGAAAUCAGAUUCUUCUAUUCUCCGGGUUUUUGUUUUUGCUGUAAUUGAAUGGAGAUCGAUAAAGCUAUUCGAGAUUGCGAUGAUCGAAGGUUGAAGACUAAAUACAACAACGCCGUUUAUGUUAUUCAGAGAGCUCUUGCUCUUUACAACAUUGAAGAGGUAGCUUUCAGCUUCAAUGGAGGGAAAGAUUCAAUUGUUUUGCUGCAUCUUCUAAGAGCUGGGUACUAUCUCCACAAGCGGGAGCAAGUAAAGCAUGAUGAAAAUCUUGCACGUAACGAAACCAAAUUUCCAAUAAGGACAAUUUAUUUUGAGAGCCCUUCUGCUUUUCCUGAAAUAAAUUCGUUCACUUAUGAAACAGCUGCUGCCUAUAAAUUGCAAUUGGACAUCAUUCGUCAAGAUUUUAAAUCUGGUCUGGAAGGUUUACUGAAGACUAGACCUAUAAGAGCUAUUUUUCUUGGUGUCCGUAUAGGUGAUCCUACAGCGGUAGGCCAAGAGCAGUUCUCACCUAGUUCUCCAGGAUGGCCACCAUUUAUGAGAGUGAACCCCAUCUUAGAUUGGUCUUACAGAGACGUAUGGGCUUUCCUACUAACUUCCAAGGUACCUUACUGCAGCCUUUAUGAUCAAGGCUAUACUUCUGUUGGAAGUAUAUAUGAUACAGUUCCAAAUAAGCUUCUGUCUAUUAGUAAUCCCUCCAGCGGUAAAGUGGAAUAUAGGCCAGCGUACAUGCUUGCAGAUGGAAGAUCAGAAAGAGCUGGGAGAGCAAGGAAAUCUACUCAUAAAGCUGACAGAAGUAUUUCUCUUAGCAAUGGAACAAGCGAUGUGGAACCACAACAAACUUGCAUUCCAACAGCUUCAGUUAUUGGUGUCGGGGAUGAGAUUCUGCUUGGUAAUGUUGAGGAUCUUGUAGGACAAUCAUUAUGCAGAAGACUUCAUUCCAUUGGUUGGGCAGUGACACAAUUUGAUGUCCUUCGGAGUGAUAUAGAUUCUGUUGCUGAAAGUGUUGAACGCCAAAAAUCUACUAAUGACAUGGUAUUUAUAUAUGGUGGGAUUGGUCCAUUGCAUUCAGAUGCUACUCUUGCCGGCAUCGCAAAGUCAUUUGGUGUCCGUCUGGCACCUGAUGAAGAGUUCGAAGAAUACCUUACAAGUAUAGUGGGCUAUCAGUCCACUGGUGAAAGGAACGAGAUGGCACAGCUACCAGAGGGUAUCACAGAAUUGUUGCAUCAUGAAAAGCUGCCUGUGCCAUUUAUGAAGUGUCAGAAUGUUAUAAUUCUUAUGGCAACGAAUAUAAUGGAGCUGGACAAAGAAUGGGAUUGCUUGAUUGAGCUUGCAGCCUCUAGUGGUCUCCUAACAUUGACAAAUCCUUUUGCUUCAAAGCAUCUGACUACUACUCUUUCAGACGUAGAAGUUUCUCAGCCAUUAUCAGCACUGCGUAUUGACUUCCCCGAUUUGUUUAUUGGGUGUUAUCGGAAAACCAGGCGUGGGCCUCUUGUGAUUACUCUGGAAGGAAAGGACCAAGGAAAUGUGCAGUUGGCAACUGAAGCACUAAUGAAGAAGUUUCAUGCAGGAGCACUUUUUGAAACUGUUUAGAGUUGCGAUACGAAUCUUUCUGUUGUUAUUUUGCUGGCCAAAUAUCAGAUUCCGGCGUCCAGGUUAGCUUCUCUCGCGUUCCAACUACAAUGAUCGUGGUGGAGGAAUCAUUAUAGAGAAAAGCCAAGUACAUUGCAGAAUGACCAUCCCUUCUUCCUGACAGUAAUAGAGGUGAAAAAAGACCCCAAAAAAUGGACACAAUUUCACAAAGAUCAAAGCUGGAGGAAAAAUAAAUGAAAGAGCAAGAAAUACUUUGGGAAGCUGUACUAGGGAGUAUAAAAUGUAGCUUCUUGUUUUUUCUUUUUCUUUUUCUUUUUCUUUUUCUUUUUCUUUUUGGGGCAGCCAGAAAGUAGCAUUUGACUGUAGGUGCAUGCUAAUUCUAUAUCACAAUAUUCGUUUUGGGUAGUUUUAGUUGCGGUGAGAGCUGAACUAAAAACUACGGAGUAUUCAGUAAUGGGGAAGCCAACAUUACAACCGCAGAAAACAUACAUUUAUAUUACCUGAGUAUAUUUUUACAAUGAA